AUGAAUGGUAUCAAGCUUCAAGGAAUGGACGACCCAAACAAGAUCGUCAAGGUGCUAGCCUCUGAUGGCAAAAGUGGUGAGCAGCGAGAAAUUGCGUAUACAAGUUGCCGCAUGAUUGGCAAUGGAAGCUUCGGUGUAGUGUUCCAGGCUCGUCUCGUGCAUUUCCAGCCAGAUGGCAGUGAAGUCCCUGCGUCCGAAUCGUCAGAUGAGAGUAAUAAUGUCGCGAUCAAGAAGGUGCUGCAAGACAAACGAUUCAAGAACCGCGAACUCCAAAUCAUGCGUGUGCUUUCGCACCCGAACGUAGUGGAUCUGCGUGCCUUCUUUUAUACAAGCGGAGAAAAGAAAGACGAAGUGUACCUCAACUUGGUGCUGGAAUACGUGCCAGAAACCGUGUAUCGCGCGACGCGGCAUUAUACCAAGAUGAAGCAGACGAUGCCCAUGCUUCUUGUGAAGCUUUAUAUGUACCAGAUCAUGAGAAGUCUUGCGUAUAUUCAUUCGAUGGGAAUCUGCCACCGUGACAUCAAGCCUCAAAACCUACUCUUGGACCCGCGUACAGGGGUGCUGAAACUGUGUGAUUUUGGAUCGGCCAAAGUGCUCGUGCCUGGCGAACCCAAUGUCAGCUAUAUCUGCUCGCGGUACUAUCGCGCGCCCGAGCUCAUUUUCGGCGCAACGAACUAUACGACAAAUAUCGAUAUUUGGUCAACAGGAUGUGUUAUGGCAGAACUUAUGCAGGGACUGCCGUUGUUCCCGGGCGAAAGCGGUAUCGACCAGCUGGUCGAGAUCAUCAAAGUUCUGGGUACGCCGUCGCGUGAGCAGAUCAAGACUAUGAAUCCAAACUACAUGGAACACAAAUUCCCACAAAUUCGACCACAUCCAUUUCCAAAGAUCUUCCGUCCACGUACACCGGCAGAUGCGAUUGACCUAAUCACCCAGCUGCUCCAAUACACACCUCACGCGCGUUUAACUGCCGUCGAGGCCUUGUGCCAUCCAUUCUUUGAUGAGCUUCGCGAGGAAGACGUCAUUCUCUCGAAUGGACGGCCAAUGCCUGAUCUCUUCAACUUUACCCGAGAGGAAUUGUCCGUUCGACCAGACCUUAUCAAGCAUCUCGUCCCUCCACGUGCUCAAGAGGGUCUACGCCGCCAAGGUAUUGACAUCAAUCAUUUUGAGCCAUUGCCUGCGGAAUCUCUACGGGCCAAGCUCGAGUAG